UUACGUUUGAGUUAGACCAAAUCAUUAACUUAAUUCUUUAAGUUUAAUCAUCUUUAAAUCGUUUUGUGUCGUGGAUGAUCAGACUACUCAAUUAAAUGUUGUAGCCUAAUUAGUUAUUUAAUAGUUUUAUACCCUACUUCAUAUACUGGUGGUUGCUUCCGUUUGUUUAUUGAAGUAUCCUUGAUAGAGGUAUGGUAUAGCUACCAUCCAUGGCAUAUCGUAAACCAUUCCACACACUAACACGGGAAGGAAAGCGAAAGCGUUUGAAACUUAGUAGGCUAAAUGAAGAUGAUUUGUCCAGUGAAUCAUCCAGUUCUGCCAAUAUCAACCCCAUACCUUUUGUUGAUGUUCAUGAAUCAGUGUCUAGAACACCUAUGCCUACUUCUUCCAGUGAGAAUUUUGAAGAUGAAAGUGACAGUGAUGGCGACAAAACAUCUAUAAGUGAACCAGUGUCUUCAGAUGAUAGUUUAGAUGCUCAAUUUAUUUUCUCUGAUAGUAGUUUUGACUGUGGUAGAGGCUCCGAUAGUGAUGAAGAUUCCUCUGAUGAUGGAAAUCAAGAUCCCCCCCCAGACAGCCAAACUGUCCUGCCUCUACAGAAUUUCCUUAAGGAAUGGGCCAUUGAGAAAAAUAUUACACAAUCAGCUUUAUCUUCAUUGUGUGUAGGGUUAAAAAGUCAUAUCCCUGACCUAAAAGAAUUGCCAUCAGAUGGGAGGACAAUUUUAAAAACACCUACAAAAUUAAAUAUAAAGGAUGUUCCCCCAGGACAAUAUAUUCACAUAGGCUUGAAAAAACAUCUCGACACUGUAAUAAACAACCUAGAAGGUUUAGGUUUGGAUGUUGAAAAACUAGGCCUUCUUUUUAAUGUUGAUGGGUUACCAUUAUUUAAAAGCAAAUCUUUUGAAGUGUACCCUAUUCUAUUUUCUAUUCCAGCUCUUUCAGUGUUGAAAGGUAAAGUGUUUCCAAUAGGCCUUUACUAUGGUCCUAAAAAACCGGAUUGCUUGGACGUCUUCUUACAAGAUUUUUUAGAUGAGUUGAAUAAUAUUGCAGAAACAGGACUGACUACCACUAAUGGAAAACAUGUUCAUGUGUUUGCCUUAGGAUUUUGCUGUGACAUCCCUGCCAAAAGCUUUAUGCUUGGAACAACCUCCCAUUGUGGCUAUAAUUCAUGUACAAGGUGUAAAGUUCAUGGGAUAACUUUGGAGCAUAAGAGAGUGUUUUUAGAGAUGGACGAAGAUCAACGUACCCAUGAAGAAUUUAUAAACCGAGUAGACAAAAGCUACCAAAUUAGAUCCACUCCGUUGACAAAAAUUCCUGGGAUGAACUUAGUUAAGUCUUUUGUAAUUGAUUACAUGCAUCUGGUUUGCUUAGGGGUUAUGCGCACCCUUCUUUUCCUAUGGACUAAAGGGCCGUUGCAUAAUAGGAUGUCUCCCUCUCAACGGCGUAUAGUCUCCAAUUAUCUCUUGACAUUUGCUAUUUGCACUCCAUCAGAUUUUGCAAGGAAACCACGUGACCUCAAUGAUUUAAAAUCGUGGAAAGCAACAGAGCUUCGAACUUUUCUCCUAUACUUGGGCCCUGUGGCCCUUAAAAACGUACUGUCUACCGAGAAAUAUCAGCAUUUUUUGUAUUUACAUGUUGCUUUUACAAUAUUGUUGUGUCCAAAGACUUCUGCGAUGCUGGAUCUAAGAGCGUAUGCAAAACAAUUAUUGGUGCAUUUUGUAACUACAACAAGACGAUUAUAUGGCGAUGAAUACAUUACUCAAAAUUUCCAUUACCUUAUACAUAUUGUUGACGACGUAGAUUAUUUCUCCACUUAUAUUCCGAAUUUCACACUCCAUUCCGUCUCAGCUUUCCAGUUUGAAAAUUAUUUACAGUUCAUAAAAAAAAGAGUAAGAAGUACCUCCAAACCUCUCCAACAAAUAGCCAAGAGAUUAGCAGAGACCUUUUCAUUGAACAAAUUUCAAAUUUCAGUACAAAACCCUCUGAAGCUAAACAAACAACAUAAUAAUGGGCCUCUUCUUGCAUUUUGCACAGACCCACAACACAGAGUGUUAAGUUUGAGUUCCUAUGAAAUUACAAUAACUCCACCAAAUAACUGUUGUAUGCUAGAAAGCAAAGAAGUAGUGGAGGUAGAAAAUUUUGCUUUUUCGACAGAGUUAAAUACCAAUGUUGUAAUUGGUAGAAAGUUUUUAGCCAAACACGACUUCUAUAAAAUCUGUAGCCAACCAGAAUAUCCAAGCUCUAAUUUGAACAUAUAUCAAGUUAAAAAACUCAGUCAUUUAAAGGCUUGGCCAGUGAGCAAAAUCAGCUGUAAAUGUUUCAAGAUCAUGUUUGAUGAGAAGCUUGUUGUAUUUCCAUUACUUCAUUGUGAAGAGUAGGCAAAAAUGUGGACUGUUAUAUAUAAACUUAUUGAACAUGAGUACGAUGUCGUUCCCAACUCAUGGUUGGUUAGCACAAAUGUAUGCAAAUAUCCUGAUAAAGGAGUGCAAACCGUUGCCAAAUGGGUGAAAGAACAGAGACCCAGUGAGGAAACGUGGGAUGAUUUGAACAUAGAAAUAAAAAAAAGGGACAUUGAUAACUAUGACAGAGCUCUGGGUAAUGCUAUAAGGUUAAGCAAGGGUAAAAGUACAAAAACAGAAUCUGAAAACGAGUUGAGGGGAAAGGGACUUAGACAGCCGAAAAGAAGGAAAAUUGAAUCGUCUGACUCUUCAGAUGAUUCAGAGGAUUCUGAGCCGUUACCACAAACCAAGUUUAGAAAAGAACAUGUAGUCCAAAAAAAAAAAAACCUAGCCCUCCACCAGUCGCAGUGCCGCCUCCUCCACCAACACAUAGCAGCAUGAAACCAGUUCAUUUGCCCGGUACUUCUACAUCGUCUUCUUGGAAUAGGCCUACCAGUACUCCUUCUGCGUCUUCUUGCAAAAUAAAAACCAAACAUAUUUGUUUUUGCCCGGAAAACAAGGAAGUCACAUUGGAGAGUAUGGCCAAAAAGUUUUGCUAUCUGUCUAGAAGUGUAACAUUGCUGAAAAAUGCAUUCCAAGCACAUAGCGAGGAAGUAAGUAGCCUACUCUUGGCUAAAACAAAAACCCCGUUGAAAGAUGCUGGCAAUGAAAAAAAUGAGGAAGAAAUGGGCCAAGAUGUUACCGAAAUUUUGACAAGAUUUCCAAUCCGUGAUCUAGACGAACUUCAAAAAUUUAACGAUGACAUCCACUUAUCAACUGACUACAAAAAAAAUGUGGUUUCAGCACUCUUACACUUGGGUAAAAAGUCAAGCCCAUCAAGAUUUAUCACAUCAGCCCUCAGAAAAAUUGUUGGGGCUGAAAUUCUCGGCAGCGGCAGAUUGAGUUGGAAGGGCCAUCAAAGAGGCGGUGUACGCAAGGAGAGCUUUUCUGGCUCACCUUUGUGUGAAGCGUUGAUGAAUGCAACCAGAAAUAUUUGGAAAGGGUUGAACGAAACUGUAAUGGAGAAAACCAUCAGUGGGUUUUUGUCACAAACAAAAACAAAAUUAAAAAAUGUCAGCCUUGAAAUUAAUCCCGCUGCCUAACAACCGGCUGGAUAUGGGACAAAACAACAUUCGGAUGGAAUAGUUGUUGUUUACAUCAAGUUAAGAGCUAUAAAUACAAGUUCAUAGUCAACUGUACUUGUAUGUAAUUUGUAGGAUUUUUAUUUAAUACCGGUACUACAUGUCUCAUUCCUGUAUACAUUUUAUUAAUGUAGAAUUGUUCGGAUAAAAAGCUACUAUUAAAAUAAUAAAUCUUAAAGUAAACAUAGUUUACUAAAUCAGCCACCUGAAUAGAUUUUAUUAUUUUUUAAACACUACAUGUUUUGACCUUUAGGCCAUUUACAGUAACAUAUUUAAUAUCACUUUUAAACACAAUAAAUUGAUUAAUUAAACAUCAGGUGAUAAUCUUGAUAUAUGAUUUGUCUGUUCUUAAUAUUUGUGGAAAACGUAAUCUUUGGUUUUUAAAAUUGUGUCAUAUAUAUUAUGAUUAAUUAUGUUUUUUUAUGUUCUCUUUGCCUUAACGAUUGUCUUUCAACUUGUUUAAUUUUAAGAUUUUGUCAAGGGAUUUUGUUUUUUUACAUGCAUGUUAUAUUUGUAUGUUAUGUAUGUUUAUAUUUGCUGUAGGAUCUUUCUUGUAGCUGGAGUAUAUAUAUAUA